UCGUUGAAAAAAAUUGUGAUCAAUGACGUAGUAUUUAUAAAUCUUUCAUGAGUGUCAUUAUGAUAAUAUUUAUCAUUGAUUAAAUUUUUUAAUGUUUUUACAAAAAUUUUAGAAAAAUUUAUAGAAAUGUUCAUACUACUUUUUCAAUGUACAGACUACUGAAUAUAAGUGACUAUGCGGAGUUCAUACUGUGGAUUGGCGUUUUGUCCUUAUACUUUACCCUUUUAUCCAUAACUGUAUUAGCAGUAGUUUUCAUUCUCCGAAAGCGCCGUUCUUCAAUACUCAAGAACCAGCGGCCACCUCGAACACCAUUCUCAGAGUUGGAGUUUAAUGUGGCCACACCGACAGACACAACCAAAAACAGGAGGGUCAGCUUCUCCAGAAAGACUGGUGUCGCGGAGUUUGUUUGUAACAAUGAAGGGACAACUACUUGGAAGAAUUUUUAUGAAGAGCACAAUAACUCUUUACAAACAUCUGGCAAUGCAGCAGCUACCAAUUCACAGAGGCAAGUUGCUCACUUGGGCAGAAGAAUAUUCGAAGACCAAUUUGAAGAUCUUGAAGCAGAAGACUGCGGAGAAGAGCUUAUACCUACUUACCUGAAACAGAUUCACAAUUGUACAAAUAAUGGGAAUUUCACUCAACAGUUCGCUGCAUUGGACUCCAUGGAUGAUAAUGAAAAACUUACGGCGCCUGUUCAAAAUUUCGAGCAUAGUGCACUUACGGAGACACACCAGAAACUCUUCAAAGAUGAUAUUACCGUACCCACUGUAGGGCCUGGAUGUUCAAGCCAUUUAAAUGUAGAUUUCUCAAUAAUGCAAACGCUCGGUAAAUGCGAUGAUUUGGAUAUGAUACAACAGGAUCUAAAGAACACAUUAAAUGUGGUUGGUCCUGCAUUUGACCGACAAGAUCCAUCUGAAUAUAUUGAAAUAGAUUUGAAUAUGACGCAUAUCGCGCCCAGAAAUGAACAAUCCGAUAUGUCUAUUACUGAUACAGUUCACGGUCCAGUUCAAGAAGUGUCGAAAAGUAAACCAGUACGUCCUAAUAGCUUACUUCCCAAAAAGUCGUUAAACAUUGACAAUCCCGAAGAUAAAGAAAAUAUAGCUGUUAAUCCUUAUAUCACACCCUGCGAAGCUGAUAAUUUUGCCGUGAAUGAAGCAUCAGAUAAAGUUUUAGUUUUUGAUGGAAAAAGAUUAACAUUACAGUCUGACAAGAAUACUUUUGAACCACAACAAAUUUCAGUCACAACUGAAAAAGUACGACGGAAGGCUAUAGUUUUAAACAUAGAUGACGAUUUGCCAAAUUUUAUUCCUGCGAAAAGAUCUGUGGCAAAUGUUGUAAAUGAUGGCGACAUUAUAUCACAAAGAUUAAGUAGCACAACUGAAAGUCAGAAAAGAAAAACAAUUGUCUUUGAAGAUUCUUCUUGUAAUAUAUCGAUAACUCAGGCGAUUCCUGCUCAGGUUAUAACUGAUAACGUUAAACAUGAAACUAUAUGUGAAAGCAAUGAUAUUUCAAUGACGAAACCGGUACCAGCUAAUAUUUAUGAAAAUAAUAAGAAACACGCUGCACACAGCACAACGAUCUAUGACGCCAAUGACAUUUCCUUGACACAAGCAUUGUCAGCCAAAGUUAUGCCUAAUCAAAAUCAGACAAUACACUUCAAAAACAAUAUUAGUAAUAUAUCAAUGACACAGGCCCUACCAGAGUGUAUAAUACUCGAAAAUAGAAGGAAAACUAUUAGUGAUGAAAUUGAUAUAUCUAUGACUCAAGCUGUGCCUACCAAUAUCCUGCUGAAUGAGAAUGAUAUGGGAAAAACUGUAUUUUUUGAAGGUGAUAUGGAUAUUUCUGUAACUCAAGCUAUUACCCAUAAUCUACUGAUGCAAAAGACUAAUGAUAAUCUAUCUAUGACUCAAGCAGUGCCUACCAAUAUCCUACUGAAUGAAAAUGAUACAGCAAAGACUGUAUAUUUUGAAGGUGAUGUGGAUAUUUCUAUAACUCAACCUAUUACCCAUAAUCUAUUGAUGCAAAAAAGUACGACUGUUAGUCAGAAUACAUCUACAUUUGUUAAGACUGAAGAAUAUGGCCCUGUUGCGGACGAAUUGAGUAAUCCUACUAGCCAAGGUACUACUAAUAUACCAGAACAACAUACAAUAAACAUUGUGUCUUUAAAAAAAGAUCUCACACUGGAUAGAACUCAAUUUAAAGAAGAUAUGUCGAUAUCUCAAAUUAGUGAUGAAGAAACUACAGCAGAAUCAGAUAAUAAAUUAAGUGCAAUAACUAAAAAUGAAUUUAAUUUCAAUAACAAAAAAAGUUCUGAAAGCACCAACAACUUAUUAUUGUCAUCAUCAUCUAAUGAUUUGAUGAACUUAGAAAAUAUGAAUAAUGGUAACCAAAAAGAAAAUUGUAUUAAGUUGAUUGUUAAAGAUGAAGAAAUGAUAGCAGAAACGUAUAGUAAACAAAACACAAUCACAGGAAAUGAUAUUGCUUUGAAGAAAAAUAAUUAUUCUGAAAUUACCAAAAACUUAUUACCGUCAUCAUCAUCAUCAUUUGGUUUGACGAACCUUAAUAAUUUGGAUAGUGGUAAGCCAAAUGAAAAGUCUGAUUUGGUUGUUGAACAACAAGGAGUUUUAGUAUUUCAAGUUACUGGAUUAGUUUCCUCAAAGACAAAGACAAUAAGUAAUGACGAUAUAAGUACAAUGGAAUCAAUAACUAAAGACGAAAAAGAUGAUGGGAAAUCAGAAGUAGAUGUAUGUCUGAACAAAAGUAAAUCAGGUAAUUUAGUAGAAGAACGUAUUUUUGAUAAAAAUCCGGCUGAAGAAACGCAUUCUUCCAAACCUCCUUCAUCACAAUACUCUGAAGCAAAAAAAUCAAUGCUCCAUGAACUCUUAGAUAUGUCCUCUAUUGCUGAUAAUAAUAUUAACAACAAAUCAUUGACCAUUGUUAAAUACACUGCAGAGAGCAUGGACACUUCAACUCCUGGUUGUUCCACUUCAUCUGAUGAUAAAAUAAAUCACUUACCUGAAAUAGCAGGCUUAGAACCAUUUAAAGAUAGAAUGGAUACUUCAUCAUCAGAUAUUGUAACUGCACCUGAGAACAUUAUAAAUGAACAAUUAAAUGAUGUUAAAAGUAUUUCAGAUAAUUCAACUGCAUCAUCACCUAAUUUGUCUGUUGUAUCACCUAGUAGUAACGAACACAUACAAUCAAAAAUUAUUGAUGGAAACAUAAAAGAUCCUUUAAAAUGUGUGGAGACGGAGUCACACUCUCAGGAGAGUCUUUUUGUUAUAACACAAGACAGUAAUGAUGAUUUUAAUGAAAAAAAACAUGUUCAGUUACGUGAAUCUGUAAAAAUUGAGAAUCUAUCCCAAAUUGAAGAUAAAAUACCAGCCAUAACAUAUGAGGAAUCAAAUAUAGUGGAAGAUCUUCAAAAUAAAAUAGAUCUGCUUAAAACAGCUGCUAAAGAGGGUAAGUUGUCGUCAAAUAGACAUUUUGAAAAAGUUUCAAGUCCAAUAAUUAAUAAAAAUGAUAGUAAUAUUGAAGGGGAUAAAAUGAAUACAUCAAGUAUUUCUGAGAAAAAAAAACCUUUCAAGAAUGCUAAUGAUACAGCAGAAUUAUUGAGUAUGUUAUCCCAAUUAACGGAUACUUCACAAAAUAAAAUUUGUGAUAAAUUAAACAAAACAGAAUCUAAAGAAAUGUUGAACAAAAGCAAACAAGGUGUUACUUUAAAUCUUACUCGAAGACGUUCAAUAGCAAUCAGUAGAGAGGAUAUGCUGCAUAGUAUUUCUAUGGCACAAGCACUUCUACAUAAAUCACAGUUUGAAUUAGAUGAAAGUGAUGCAGAUAUAGACAAUACUAGUUACAAUCCUGAUGAUACACUAGCUAUCGCUUACCAUGGAAGAAAAUCGAUCAGAAUUAGCAGCGACGUUGUCAAGACUCUGCAUUUUAAUGAUUCGUAUACAGAUAACAAAGAUGCUGCAUGUGAUAUAAAUACGCCUUUAAUAAAAUCCGUUAUUGGUGAGACAUCGAACACUGAGAAAUGUGUGAAGGAUAAAGGGAAAGUAAUUCCUACUUACGAUUUCAGAGAUGGCGUUAAAGAACUUAUGGAUGAUUUAGUAAAGCCAAUGGCGGAUGUCUUGCCAUUUGAACGACAUAUAGACAAAUCGCCGAAGCAAUCGCAAUCCAGAACAAGUGCACAAAUUCAAGCUAAUCUCAUUGCAUCAAGUCAGAUUGAUUUAGAUGUUGAUUUACACUCCCAAUCCGUGUCCGAGUCCGGAUUUACGAAAACUGAAUCUCUAGUUAAUGAAAUAUCCGAAUUAGGUAACAAAUCGGUUUCUAGUGCAUUGAAAAAACCUGUCAGCCCGGUGUCUUUGAACACCUCAAUGGGAGACGGUUUUUAUGAACAAAAACGAGUUCAUUACGAGGAUACGGAUCUAGAUAUGAAAUGCAGUCACAUACCAGAAAAUAAGAACAUAAGCCAAAGAAAAUAUUCAACGGGUGAUGACGUUUUAGUUUUUGAUCAUAACAAUCCACUCAAUAAUGUGCUACUGGCUCCAGUCGAUUAUGAAAACGUGCAUAGGUACAAUCCAGUUAAAUCGACAGAAACAAUUAAAUCCGAAUGUGAUAAUUCAGUACAGUGUACGCCCAAACCGAGUGUGGUUGAACAAAACAUAGAAUUUGCCCAUUUUAAAGUUGAGAUUGAACAAAAACCCAAGCAGGUACAAGAAGUGAAUGCAACCAAAAUAUUAUCUGUUGAUUGUUCCACUGUUGCUAUGGCUGUAGACAUAAACGACAAAAAAGUAAAUACAGUAAUUGCAAUGAAAAAAGAUUAUGAAUUGCUGGAUGCGCACUCUUCCUUAACACUGGUUGAUGAUGAAAAACCAAAAUGCGCAAUUACUGAUGACAUGUCAUUUGAGAGUACUGCGAAUAACACAAGUAAAACAUCAGUAGAAGUAAUGGAUACAGACAACAAGACAGACGAAGUUAGUGAACUCUCAUCUGAUGUUGAUUCAAAAGUUACAUUAACAGAUGAAGAUAUUGUGAUAAUAUCAACUAGGAAACGUAGUUUCAGUCCAGAUAGUGAAAAGAAACACAAAACACGAAAUUCAAUCAAAGAGUUGCUUAAAGUCUCAAGUAGUCCAAUCAAUAAGAAACAAAAAACUGUAGAAAAUAGAAAAUCACCGAGUAAACUAAAGAAUAUAAAUGAAAAUGAUUGUAUGAUAGUUCAACAGCUUCUGACGGAGUAUAACAUAAAGGAUGUCGAUGCUCAAUCAUUGACUGAAGAAGUAGGGAUAGCGUUGAAGGAGUCCUCAAUGUCAAUUGAAUCAGAGAAUAUUGCAAAGACAGUUUCAUCUCUUAUGAGCGUUGAAUUACCAAGAAAUUUGACUGUUGUUUCUGAGAUUAAAUCUAUGGAUGUUGUUUGGAGCUCGGACUCAGCAAGUGAAAAGAGUUUGAAAAACCCUGUCACAGAUACUGAAUCUAAUUUCAAUGUUGUCGCUAAGAUUGAUACAUUGACAUUUAUGGGGAGUCGAGAUUGUGAGUGGGAGUCGUCUGCGAAUGACGUGUGGUCGUUCCUGCUGCUGCGCUCUCAUGUCCGUCUGUCUGUCCGUCUCAUGCACAGUGUGCACAACUCCUCGCGGUCGAAGGUCCGGGCCGACACUCCACUCUUGUCUGUACAGAUUGACCCUGUCCGCUCAAGUGAAUCACAACCGCUAGUGCAGCUUUGCGUGCGUUUCGCCGCGGAAGCCAUGCGUCGUGCGUCCGCACGUGAUGAGUGUAGAGUCGCCCGCGACGUUCCCGCUCUGUUGCGUCGCUGCGUGCUAUUGGCCCGGCUUGCGCAGCAGUGGGCACGCGCCAUGCAAGACGCGCGGGUACACCUCGCGUACGACAUUACCAGCGAUGGAUAUCUCACGCUUAAGGUGGCUAAUAUACCCUUACGAUCCGUGUGGGAGGUGACGAUGCAGAUAGACCUGGCGGAGGAGGAGACCAGCGGGAUGUGGUACCCGCGGGUCAGCUCUGUAGACAUCACGACAAUUGUCGCAGACAUGAACGUGCCCAGCGAGUUGCUGCGACGAUUGGUCGCGUUUCUGCCGAACGACUGGAGUCACGCGCCACGCUCGAUAUGGAAAGUGUUCAAGUACUUGAAGAACAAGACGAGAGGCGACGAUCUUAGUAGCCUGUAUACGCUGGACGCUGCGAAGUAAUCUAAGCAUAGUUAAGUUAAAAGUGGAAAAAUUUGUAAAGCCCCGUUUUCACUAUCCACCGAGCAAGUUCUGACGAAAUUCGUACAAUUAGAAAAAUUACUAGUUUUGUAAUUUAUAUUUGUAUACCAGUAUUUGAAUUAGAAUAAUGGAUUAAAUAUUUUUUAUCGAACAA